AUGAUGAACCAGCACAGAGAGGAGGAUGCCUUGAGAGGUCAAGCAGUCAAAAACCAGAAGGUGCUGACCCCACCUUUGCAUCUUGGUAUUAUCAUGUGCUACAUAUAUCUAAUCCUAUCAAAAUUCUUACCUUUGUUUGAUUUAUGCUCCCUCAAGGCGAUAUGGGACAAGACCCUGGAAAUGAGAUUCUUGCUGCAGAAGGGAUUUUCCACUUCCAACAAGUUGCCCCAGGAACCCAUCAGAACAAGGUUUUGCAAUCAUGACAAGCAGAUAGAGCAAGCCUAUGAUGAUCUGUUGAAUUCAUCGAAGAAUACUUUGAGCAGCAUGAUGGAGCUGCAGGAGGCUUUGCUCGAGAGUAAUCAGGCUACAAAGGGUGCCAAUGAAAUUCCUUCUGCCUCAGAUGGAGACAAUGAUGAGUGGUCAGAAGUACAGAGAUUGCAGACAAGGAUAGCAACAUUCAGAAAUACUGAGAUAGAUAAAUGGCAGAGGAAAAUACAGGUGACAACGGGUGCUGCUGCACUUAAAGGAAAGCUACAUGCAUUUAAUCAGAACAUUAGUGACCAAGUUGCUGGUUACAUGAGAGAUCCAAGCCGGAUGAUUAACAGGAUGUACUUGACCAACUCUACUGUUAGUGUAUUUGGAAAGGAUGUGGGAGGACCUGGAACAGCUGAGGAGGGGCACAUUAUGGAAGGUGAUCCUGAACUUAUUGAUGAUUCUGAGUUUUAUCAACAACUUCUCAAGGAGUUUCUUGAGUCUUGUGAUAGAGGGGCAUCAGAGUCUGCAUUCUAUGCUCUAAAAAAGCAGCAGGUUAAAAAGAGAAAGCUUGUUGAUCGUCGCGCUUCAAAGAGCAGAAAGAUACGGUAUCAUGUCCAUGAGAAGAUUACUAAUUUCAUGGCCCCAGAACCCAUGGUUCUUCCUCCAAUGGCUCCGAAGUUGUUUGAGAAUUUAUUUGGGAAUGGCAGCUAG